CUGGCGGCAUGUCGGCGCUGCGCUGGGGCCGCGGCGCGGCGGGGCUCAGGCAGGCGCUGCGCCCCUCGGGCUGCCCCGCGCUCCUGGCCGAGGAAGGGACCCUCGGGGGCGCCCCGGGCCGCAGCCGGAGUUCGUCGGCCAGCCCCUGUGAGCAGGACCCCCGGAAGGACUGGGGCCGCGCGCAGCUGCUGGAGGUGCUGGAGGCGCGGGUGCGGCAGCUCCAGGCGGAGAACGUGUCGGAGGUGACGGUGAAGAGGCUGGAGGUGGCCCGGCUCCCGGAACGCGGCGGUGGGGAUGGCGGCCCCCGAGACCCGGCAGGCCGGGCGGGCGCUGCGCCCGAGCCUCGCAGCCGCUGGGCGGACAAGCUGGAGAAGGAGCAGCAGGCGCUGCAGAGGCGCCGCCAGCGGCUGGAGAUGAAGCUGCAGGCGCGGGCCCAGCAGCUGGCCCAUGGGCUGUCGCCCCGGCCCCUGCGCGUGGAGCCGCGGCUGCUGAGCGCGCAGCUGGCCAGCUGCCUGCAGCGGGGGGUCCGGGGGCCUCCCGAGAGCCCCUGGGAGGAGCGGCUGGCCCGGGCCCUGCAGGAGGCCUCUCAGAAAUUGAGCCGCGAGGAGACGCAGGCCCUGGGCCGCAGGCGGGCGCCCCCCUCGGGCCAGCAGCAGAGGCUCCUGGCCUUCCUGGAGUGCUGCCUGCUCACCGACCACCUGCCCCUGGCCCACCACGUGCUGGUCAGCUACCACAGCAGGCCCCGCAGGCAGCCGCUGCUCACGCUCGCCAUGUACAACACCGUCCUGCUCGGCUGGGCUCGCAAGGGCUCCUUGCGGGAGCUGUUGUACGUGCUCUUCAUGGUCAGAGACGCUGGCCUCGCCCCCGACGCGCAGUCCUAUGCCGCCGCCCUGCAGUGCAUGGGGCGGCGGGACCAGGACGCCAGCACCAUCCGAAGGUGUCUGCAGCAGAUGGACCAGGAUGGGCUGCAGCCGGCGCAGCUCUUCACUGACACGGCCCUGUCCAAGGAGGAGCGCGCCCUGCUCCUCAGGGCCAUUGUCAAGGCCGAGCCCGCCUUCAGCCCCCCGCCGCGGCCCACUCCCCAGCUCAACACCUCCACACUGCUCAGGGAGGUGUACGCCAAGGACGGCCCCGUGUCCUACCCCAAGCUGCCGCUGCCCCUGAAGACCCUGCAGAGGCUGUUCCAGCAGCAGCUGCGCGUGGAGCUGGGCAGCAGCGUCCACGUGGAGUCCGUGGAGGAGGCCCUCCCGCCCACCAAGGAGAUGCUGCACGCGCGACGGACCCUGAAGACGCUGCGUGCGCAGUGGGAGGCAGCCCUGCGGCGGACACUGCAGGAGACCAAAGCCAGCCUGGCGCGGGAGGCCCACGAGGGCCGCCCGUCCCUCUACCCCUUCCUGUGCCUGCUCAGUGAGCGGGAGCUGGUGCGGAUGCUCAUGCAGACCCUGCAGACGCUGCCCGCCCAGGGGGAGUCGCUCGUCACCCUGGCCCACGACCUGGGCCUGCGGACCUUCAGCCGCCACACGGUGCAGAGCAAGCAGCUCAGCGGCGAGGUGCGGCGACUGGAGCGCCAGUACCUGCAGUACCUGCACCUGCUGGCCUCCGACACCCAGGUGGCCGAGCCCUGCCUGCCGCGGCAGUACUGGGAGACCCUGGAGGUGCCCGCGACCCCGCCGCCGCGGCCCUGGCCGCUCCUGGUGGUGCUGCAGCUGGGCAAGCAGCUGGCUGAGGUGCUGGUGCAGGCCGUGCAGAUGCCACGCAGCCUGGCCGCGCCCCACGGCGCCUGCAGGCUCAUCCCGGUGCUGUACCACGUGUACUCCUUCCGCAGCUUCCGCCAGAUCGGCAUCUUGAAGCCGCACCCGGCCUACUCGCAGCUGCUGGUGGCCGCGGCCGAGCCCACGCUGACCUUCGAGGCGGCCGAGGUGCCCAUGCUGUGCCCCCCGCUGCCCUGGACGUCACCCCACACCGGCGCCUUCCUGCUGAACCCCACCAAGCUGAUGCGGGCGGUGGAGGGCACCACGCAGCACCAGCAGCUCCUGGAGCGCUGCCCGCCCACCCAGCUGCACGGGGCCCUGGACGCCCUCACCCAGCUGGGGAACUGCGCCUGGCGCGUCAACGGCCCCGUGCUGGACCUGGUGCUGCAGCUCUUCAGGGCCAAGGGCUGCCCCCGCCUGGGCGUGCCCGCCCCGCCCUCCGAAGCCCCCCGGCCCCCCGAGGGCCGCCUGCCCCCUGGCAGCUCGCCGGCCCACAAGGCAGAGCUGCGGCGGGAGCUGGCGCGGUGCCUGAAGGCGGCCCGCGAGAUGCACAGCCUGCGGGCGGACGCCCUGUACCGCCUCUCGCUGGCCCAGCACCUGCGGCACUGCGUCUUCUGGCUGCCCCACAACAUGGACUUCCGGGGUCGCACCUACCCCUGCCCGCCCCACUUCAACCACCUGGGCAGCGACCUGGCCCGCGCCCUGCUGGAGUUCGCCCAUGGCCGCCCGCUGGGCCCCCACGGGCUCGACUGGCUCAAGAUCCACCUGGUGAACCUCACCGGGCUCAAGAAGCGCGAGUCCCUGCAGGCCCGCCUGGCCUUCGCCGACGAGGUCAUGGACGACAUCCUGGACUCUGCGGACCAGCCCAUGACGGGUCGCAAGUGGUGGAUGGAGGCGGACGAGCCCUGGCAAACCCUGGCCUGCUGCAUGGAGGUGGCGCGUGCCGUGCGAGCCCCCGACCCAGCUGCUCACAUCUCCCACCUCCCCGUGCACCAGGACGGCUCCUGCAAUGGCCUGCAGCACUACGCUGCCCUGGGCCGCGACAGCGUGGGCGCCGCCUCCGUGAACCUGCUGCCCUCGGACCUGCCGCAGGACGUGUACAGCGGGGUGGCCGCGCAGGUGGAGGUACUGCGCAGGCGCGACGCGGAGCAGGGUGUGCAGGUGGCCCAGGCCCUCGAGGGCUUCGUCAGCCGCAAGGUGGUGAAGCAGACGGUGAUGACGGUGGUGUACGGCGUCACACGCUACGGCGGGCGCCUGCAGAUCGAGAAGCGCCUCCGCGAACUCAGCGACUUCCCCCAGGAGCUGGUGUGGGAGGCCUCCCACUACCUGGUGCGGCAGGUAUUCCACAGCCUGCAGGAGAUGUUCUCGGGCACCCGGGCCAUUCAGCACUGGCUGACUGAGAGCGCCCGGCUCAUCUCCCACGCGGGCUCGGCGGUGGAGUGGGUCACGCCCCUGGGCAUCCCGGUCGUGCAGCCUUACCACCGGGACGCCAAGCUGCAGGUCAAAGGGGGGAUCCAGAGCGUCUCCUGCAGCGUCAGCGCGGACACCAGCCAGAAGCCCAACGUGCUGAAGCAGAGGAACGGGUUCCCGCCUAACUUCAUCCACUCGCUGGACUCCUCCCACAUGAUGCUCACAGCCCUGCACUGCUACAGGAAGGGCCUGACCUUUGUGUCCGUCCACGACUGCUUCUGGACACACGCAGCUGACGUCCCCAUCAUGAACGAGGUGUGCCGGGAGCAGUUCGUGCACCUGCACAGCCAGCCCAUCCUGCGGGACCUGUCCCGGUUCCUGGUGCAGCGGUACUGCUCCAGCCCCAGCCCCAGGCCGCAGAAGCUCUCCCAGCGCAUCCACCGCACCAGGCUUCUGGAGACGCUGCUGGCGGUGCCUGAGACAGGGGCCUUCGACCUGGAGCAGGUGAAGCGCUCCACGUACUUCUUCAGCUGAGCGCCGCCCCGCCCGCGCGAAUAAAGCCGUGGGCGCCCCGCAGGAGACCAG